UGGGAGAGAGCCCAGUGGAGGCUCUCACAGUGCACGAGCAGCGCUAGAUAAACCCAUUUUAAGGCUUUUACACCACCGUGCAUCUCAAUAUCCACAAUAUCCUUAUUCAAAUUACAACAAUGGUGAGAAGAUCAAGAGAAACAUUAACAAGAUGGAGAGAGCGUGGGUGUGGGUGGUGGGAGUUGUGGUCCUGCUAGCUGCUGCGGCUCAGGCUAAACCACCCAACAUUAUCGUCUUCCUGGCAGACGACCUCGGCAUUGGCGACGUUGGCUGCUACGGGAACACCACCAUCAACACUCCUAAUAUUGAUAAGUUAGCGGCAGAAGGAGUGAAGUUGACCCAUCAUUUAGCAGCUGCGCCCUUCUGUACCCCCAGUCGGGCUGCGAUGCUUACCGGCCGUUACGCUGCCCGUUACGGUCUGGUAGGGCAGGAACACCGCAUGCCAGUGAUCUUACACCUGGCCAGCCUCGCCUCUUUGCCCGUUCACGAAGUCACCCUCGCCAGUGCCCUCCAAGCAGCCAACUACACCACUUCGAUCAUCGGUAAGUGGCAUCUGGGAAUGCACUGUGGCUGGUUGGGAAGGUCGUGUCCAGGGCCGCUCAGUCACGGGUUCGAGUCCUUCUUCGGUAUCCCCGUCACCCUCUUCCAGGAGUUCCGUGGAUCACAUCCCUUCUGGAAGUUUCCUUUAGAUGAGACCAAAUUCCAGGGGCUGCUGAUGACGUGGGUGGUGACGAUGUUGAGUCUCCUGGUGGCGGUGAAGAAGAAGACAGUGAGGAUGUCCUUGGUGGUGGCUGGGGCCCUCCUCACCAACCUGCUCCUGGCGCUGGUCUGGUUCGUCUUCGCUCACUACUCGAAAAACUCUGAGUGUGUCUGCAAGGUGUCGCCGUGGCUACACCAGCGUUUGAACUCAAUGGUGAUGCGGGACGAUAAGGUGGUGGAGGCGCCGAUGGAGUUGGACGGCUUCUCGCAGCGUCUAGCCCAGGAAUCCCGCCAGUUCAUAGCCUCUCACGCCAAUGAUGACCGCCCCUUCUUCCUCUUCCACUCCUUCGCCCACGUCCACACGCCUAUGUUUUCGGCACCACAGAGGGCAGGUGUCAGCAAGCACGGCAGGUACGGAGACAACGUAGAGGAGCUGGACGAGAGUAUGGGGGUGGUACUGCAGGCGCUGAAGGAGUACGGCCUUGAAGACAACACCCUGAUCUACUUCACCUCGGACCAGGGUGGCCAUCUGGAGGCGGUGGAUAGUGACGGUCAGCGUAUUGGUGGACACAACGGUCGCUUCAAGGGAGGGAAGGCACAAGGUGGAUCUGAAGGAGCGAUCAGGGUGCCGGGGAUCUUUAAAUGGCCGGGUCACCUACCAAAGGGCGUCACCUUGGACACGCCCACCUCCCUGAUGGACCUCCUCCCCACCGUCCUCUCCCUCGCUGGCCUUCCGAGUCUGUCCAAGAUUGUCCCUGAAGCUGCUCAGACGGAACUGGAUGGUGAGGACAUCUCUGAACUGUUGGUGACUGGCAAGGGUCGUAAAGGUCCUCGAUUCUUCAUUCACCAUUGUAGCCAAGCCAUAAACGCCCUCAGACUGGUGACAGGAAGCCACGUCUACAAGAUGUACCUGGCGAAGCACAAGUGGCACCCUGGGAGUACACAGUGUGGCUGGGGGUAUAACACGGCGUGCAAGUGUUACGGGGAGUUCGUCGAUGACAUGAGCCACCAGCCGGAGCUCUGGGACCUCAACACCGACCCUUACGAGGACGGCAAGCCUAUCGACCCUCACACCGUCGAAUACAAGGAAGCGGUGGGGAAAAUGCAAGAGUAUCUGAAGCAAUGGCGAGGGAGAGUCGUCUACCCACCCUCACAACUGAGCACCGUAUCCAAGAUCAUGUGGCGGCCUUGGCUCCAGCCCUACUAACACCGCCUCACAUGCUCUCAAGGAUUUAUACAAACGUCAAUAACAUGUUUGUUAAUGAAACCCGUACUGACUGUCCAAACUAUUGAACCGGAAGUUUACUUAUACAAAUAUCUUCAUAUCCAGGCUGCUAAACUCUACAGCAAGAUCUCUAGUUUCCCCAUGUCUUAAUUCCUGACUAUCAGAUCAGCGUAAGUGAGAUUGUCUGAAAACCUCUUCCAUCUUGUUCUCUUCUCACGAUUAAAUAUUAACGCCCAUUAAGUCCAGCUCCUACCUGUUGAUGUAAGCUCAUCUUCCAUACCCAGUCCUCUGACCACUCGCAGCCGUUAUCUUACCAUGUAUCUGCUCGCUGGGAGAAGAUACCGUUGAACUCAAGAUAACAAAGAUAUUUUACAUUCGUGUAUUUCUCACAAUUUCGUUUAUCCAAUUUGUCACAACUACAAACGUAGGCUGGACUCUGGUGUCUGACUGAUGAAGAAUACUGCCAGCGACAUAUUCGAUAAGGUUUGAUGAAUAAAUUGUACCAAAAU